CAUGGCGGGAACGGUCCCAUGCACAUUCUCUGUACCUGCUUGUGCCGAGACGGUUAACAGUCCGAAAUUGACGAUGCCGAAUGGAAAUCCGCGUAGUUUAAAUUUUGUGUGUUCCAUGGUUGAAUAGUUUUUAACUCGAAAUAUUUUUACACGACAAUAUUAAUUAUUAAAUAGCGAUUUUAGUAACGGGAACGAUUAUUAUAAAAUAUUGGACACGUUGUUGGAUUCAUAACCACUAGAAUAUUUUCGUUUUUUUUAUAAAACUUUGAACUUUCGGAAGACGAUGACCGUUUCAAAAAUGGUGAUUCAUGCAUAUCAGCAGAAUGGUGUCCUCAAUUUAUCACGGAGCACGUUCACUCUAUGACGAUCUGUGGUGUGGCCUCCAUGAAGAGCAUGUACCCGGUGGCUUGGAAAUCCAAAUACUUUUUAUUCUCUGCCGUCCUACACGUGUGCAGUUUAGACCUGGUGCUAGGUGGCAUGUGCUGGGCUUCGAUGGGUAAAAAUGGUCUGUGCAAGGAUUUGWUGGCUGAACGAUUGUCGAAAGAACAAUGUUGCAAGUUGGGCGGCAGUUCUGUUUCCACGUCCUGGAGCUCGACUGACUUGGACCCCGGAGCGCUGUUUUUCUGGCGAGUCUUGGGCGAYGGCGUACCGUGUGCAAAGUGCAAAGGAUCGUGCACGGACGUUGAAUGUGUUGCUGGCAAAAAGUGCGUUAUGCGGUCCGGCUCGCCAAAGUGCAUCUGUUCACCUAACUGCAAGCAUCGCGACGGAUUCAUAGCCAAAGGUCCGGUGUGCGGUACGGACGGCGUUUCAUACAAGUCACACUGCCGACUGAAAAAGAGAUCGUGUCGUACCAGAGACCAAUCGUUGUUAGUCGACUACCACGGCCUGUGUCAGAAUUCAUGCAAUAAAGUCACCUGCCCGGGAGGCAAGUACUGUCUGCAGGACCAGAACCUGAUGCCACACUGCGUCAAGUGUGCAACUUUCUGUCCUCCGGGAAUGUCGCCGUCCAGACUGGUGUGUGGGUCCGACGGCAGGACGUACCAGAGCGCGUGUCAUCUGCGCGAAGCCGCYUGUCGGGUGGGCAAGGCCAUCCCGAUAGCGUACAAGGGGCUUUGCAAGAAAUCUGCCACGUGCGCCACGGUGAGCUGCAAGAGCGGUCAGAAAUGUCUGGUCGAGAAAAAGACCGGACGUCCGAGAUGUGUGACGUGCAACCUGUCGUGCCCRGAACUGGAAACUUCGGGAAAGCGCAAGGACACGAGUGGUAAGGUGUGCGGUAGCAAUGACAAGACGUACCACUCUUGGUGUCAGAUGUUCAUGGACGCGUGUGCCACGGGUGUAGUGAUYGAGACCAAGGCGUCCGGACCGUGCCGAGACGGCGAAAUGGAAGUAUUCAAUGGCAAUUGGAAUUAUGUGAACGCGUCCAAUGUACUCAUCGAUGGGAUUUGAACAAGACAAAUUUACUGUUUGAAACGU